AUGAUUGUAGUUGCUUUGGUUGUGUUCUAUGCUAGCAGAAGCCUUUUUCAAGGUUUACUGUUGACUCUAGAGCACCACAUUCCCCGCUUACUGGGAGCCUUGGGGGCUAGCAAUAUGGGAAACUCGUGUGUUUGCCGUGAUGACAGCGGAGCAGAAGACAACGUGGAAUCUCGGAGUCGGCAAACGGAGAACAGUAGAGUACACGUACCUGAAGCAAGAAGCCACCCAAGGGACCCUGUCCGUCCGCCCAGGAGGGGUCGAGGGCCUCACGAACCAAGAAGGAAAAAACAGAAUGUGGAUGGGCUAGUACUUGACACACUGGCUGUAAUUCGGACAUUAGUAGAUAAUGACCAGGAGCCUCCUUAUUCAAUGAUCACGUUGCAUGAAAUGGCAGAAACAGAUGAAGGCUGGUUGGAAGUUGUCCAAUCUUUAAUUAGAGUUAUUCCAUUAGAAGAUCCUCUGGGACCAGCUGUUAUAACGCUACUACUCGAUGAAUGUCCACUGCCAACAAAAGAUGCAUUACAAAAGUUAACAGAAAUAUUAAACUUAAGUGGAGCUGCUGCUUGCCAGGAUGCUUGUCACCCAGCCAAACACCGGAAUACAACUGCAGUACUGGGCUGCUUAGCAGAGAAGUUAGCAGGUCCUGCAAGCAUAGGCUUACUCAGCCCGGGCAUAUUGGAAUAUUUACUUCACAGCUUGAACUUCCAGUCCCAUCCGACGGUGAUGCUUUUUGCACUAAUAGCACUGGAGAAGUUUGCACAAACGAGUGAAAAUAAAAUGACAGUUUCUGAAUCGUGCAUUAGCGACCAACUGAUCUUGCUGGAGAAAUGGACAGAUAAUCCAGACUACUUAAAACGCCAGGUUGGCUUCUGUGCCCAGUGGAGUUUAGACAAUCUGUUUUUAAAAGAAGGCAGGCAGUUUACGUAUGAGAAGGUUGACUUGACCAACAUUAGGGCUAUGCUGAACAGUAACGACGUCAGUGAAUACCUGAAGAUCUCGCCACAUGGAUUAGAGGCUCGAUGUGAUGCCUCAUCCUUUGAAAGCGUUAGAUGUACGUUCUGUGUCGAUUCUGGAGUUUGGUACUAUGAAGUUACAGUCGUUACUUCAGGAGUGAUGCAGAUAGGAUGGGCUACCAAAGACAGCAAAUUUCUCAAUCAUGAAGGUUAUGGCAUCGGGGACGAUGAAUACUCUUGUGCAUACGAUGGCUGCCGGCAGCUGAUUUGGUAUAACGCCAGAAGUAAACCACAUUCCCAUCCCUGUUGGAAAGAAGGAGACACAAUAGGAUUUCUACUAGACUUGCAAGAAAAGAAAAUGAUCUUCUAUUUAAAUGGCAACCAGCUUCCUGCCGAGAAGCAAGUCUUUUCGUCUGCUGUAUCUGGCUUUUUUGCUGCAGCUAGUUUCAUGUCCUAUCAACAAUGUGAGUUCAACUUCGGGGCAAAACCUUUCAAGUACCCACCGUCAAUGAAGUUUAGUACCUUUAAUGAUUAUGCCUUUCUGACAGCGGAAGAGAAAAUCAUUUUGCCCAGACACAGACGCCUGGCUUUGUUGAAGCAAGUGAGCAUCCGAGAGAACUGCUGCACGCUUUGCUGUGAUGAAGUAGCAGACACAGAACUCAGGCCGUGCGGACACAGUGACCUGUGCAUGGAGUGUGCCUUGCAACUGGAGACCUGCCCUUUGUGUCGACAGGAAAUCCAAACCCGAGUCAGACAGAUCUCUCACAUUUCAUGACACAGGUGGAGAAAUACCACAGACUUGUUUUUAACAAACUCCAACCAAUACCGAAAGGGGAAAGCAUCUCUAACAAAUCUUUACGCACAUAGAACCAUAGCCACGGCCAGAUUUCAUGCUAAACUGUAAUCUGUUUAUCUUAAAAAAUGAAAUCUUUAAUAAGCUAUUUCAAGUUGCCAGCGAUGAGAACCAGUUUCAACAGUAAGGAGAGCUGGUAGGUCAGCGUGCUAUGGCUAUUGGUUCCUCCAAGCAAGACCAUAGGAGAGUGUCUCUCUUCUGCCCCCUUUCCUUCUCGCCUGUCGCAAGUGCUGAAAAAGUUUGCACUGGAAGUAUGCGUACAAUGCAUUUUAGAAAAGAAGAGAAAAGAAAUAUCUCCUAAAACAGGGCUGUUCUGUCUUGUGCUCAAGAGUCUCGAUUUUUGGCAGAAGUCAGUACUAAAAAGAGAAUGCCAAUUUUUCCUGUUUGAUGUAGCCUCCUGCUGGUCAGAGACUCUGUAUCUUCCGACAGUGGAUAUUAAACUGCUCAAAGAC